AUGAAGUGUUUCGCUUUAAUCGCUGCUCUCUGCUUCCUUGGCGUUUGCGCCGGAGAAUCACUCUCACUUGACUUCCUUACACAAAAUUUGCUCAACCCUAUGCUUGAUCAAAUCCAAACCAACGCUUUGAGCAUGCUCACUCAACAACUUUCGCAACUUAUUGGUGGACUCUUCGGCAAACGUGGUGUCAGUGAUGUUUUAAACAUUAACCUUCAACAAGUCUUGGCUCCAUUCAUUGCUCAAGUCAAACAAAUCUACCAACAAGUCUUCUCUUCAUUUCUUCAAAUCGUUCAAAAUAUUGAUGCCUGGAUCAGCAAACCAGAUUGGGCUCGUAUUGAAUUCACCCGUGUUGGUGCUGAUGCUGAAGCUCUUGUCUCCCACUUAAAUAUUGGCGUUGAAUUUUUACAACCACUCGUCAACCUCGUUCAACAACACUUAGGAGCCCUCAUCGACAACUUCCAAGGUAUUAUCAGCCAAGCCUUAAACGCCGUUAAACCAAACCAACUCAUCGGUUCUGGUAGCCUCUUACAACCAUAA